CCCUGUGGAGGAGGGGGGGCAGCCUCAGCAGAGCAGAAGAGAGCCCUCCUCCGGAGCACCUCUCCUCACCUCACAGGCCACCUGACACCCUGCCACGGCAGCUGCCACCAGCCUGCCUCAACUGAGGCUUCUCCAGAGCCAGAUGGUAGGCGGUUGGAUGUGAGGGACCAUUUCUCCUCUCCUUCUUCCCUGGAUUGCACUGGCACCUGGGAGAUGGGAUCACUAAGCGCAACUCCCAAAGAGAUGCCGGCCGGCUUCCUCCUCAGGACGAGAGCAGGGUGCUCUCUGUUGGCUCCAGCCCUGAUGAUGGUGGUGGUGAUGAUGGUGGUCCCCCAAUGGGCCGUGGGAGCCGAGGGACCCCUAGAGGGAAAUUGGACCACCAUCCCAGCAGGUUCUCCUCUCCUGCUGCCUGCAUCGGAAAACAAGCAAGCUGUGCCAACACCCCUCCCACGGGGCUUCCUGACUGGGGAGAACACCUCCAAAUGUAUGGGGCUCAGGCGGCAGGAGCAACAAGGCAGCUCCCGGGCCAACUCCUCCAUCCCCCUGCUGGAGGCUCCCAGUCUUCCGGUGGAGCUGGAGGUGUGUUUCCAGAUUUCUGCCGCUGCUCUGGUCUUUGCUGCUUUCAGUGGGUGUGGGAUAACAAUGCCAUUCUGUCAUCCACAAAAAUUUAGGAUCCGAGGGAAGGCAUGGAUAUGGCUCGGUGUUUAUGCCAACGGGCUGGCGGGCUUAGCGUGUGCCAUGGCGCUGGUGGCGGUGGUCCUCUGGAGUUACGAUCAAGGCUUCCCUGCCAUCCUCAUUGUGCCCACCAUCCUGCUUCUCCACGUAAUGACGAUCACACUCUUGAUUGUGGUGACCAUCCUCUUCCAGCUGGAGGUGCUCUACCAGGUCACAGACCGGCCAGCACAACGCAUGCUGGACCUCGCUGCCCCUGGAGGGGUGUUCAUCGUCAUUGUGACCUUGAGUCUCCUCAUGAAGUGCAUCUGCCAGUUGCAAGAGGAGAAGUGUGUCAGGCCUGUGGACCUCACAGCUAUCGUAGCCGGAGCCGCUGGGAUGUGCCUCCUUCCCUUCCUCACCAUCGUUGCUGUCUAUUGUCUGGAUAUAAAGAGGCGGACGAGGGAAGAACAAGGAGGCAGAAGGGGAAAACGGAGGAAGGACCUCCAAGAGGGGAAAACCUUUCUCCCGUGAGUCAGCCUGGGCAAGAGGCUUCUGCACGCCACUGACCGUCUCAUGGGCGCCCUCCCCCGGUGAAUUUGCUCCCUUUCUGCACCUCGUUGGGACUAACCAGGAUUCGCACCUGGGCUCUGCACAGAAGCUUGGCCUCUGUCAUUGUCUGUGUCUUCAGAACCCCACCCAUGUGGGGCAGGGCAUGGGAGAAUAAAGACAAGAUGGGCCCUUUGGUUUGUGUCCCGUCUCUUCCUCCCACCCCUUCCUGGAGAAAGGGGGUGCAUCCGUUUCCUCAGAAGGGGAGACACCCAAAAGACCAUUGAAAGACCAGCUGCCCAGCCUUAGGAGGAAGGAAAGCAAACAGCUGUUGGGGAGGGGGAAGAGGUGACCAAAAUGGGAACCCGCUGAGGUGGGACCAGCAGGGCCCUCCCACUGAAGGCUGGCAGAAGGGAGAGCCACCCGAGAAGACAGCAGAGCAGCGACCCCGUCAGGACAGCAGGGGCCAGAUCCUUCCAGCUGGGAAACGUGGGGCAGUCGGGCCGGUGGAGGAACUGAAUCCUUCAAAAAAAGCAGGGCAGAUCUAGAGGAUGGCUCUAGCCCCCCCCCCUUGCUUAGCUGGCCAAGGCAAGGGGCAACAGUCCUGGGUUCAGGUCUGACUUUGGGCAGAGACCUCCUUCAGGGUGAUGGCCAGGGGACCCAGCUGCUCCUGCAGGGGAGAGAAGCCUACAGUCAGCCAGGGUGGGAGGAACCCUGGGGGGGUGGGGUGGCCACUGUCAUUGGGGGCUCACGGGUCCAAAGCCCCUAAGCCAAUCGGCGGGGCCAAUCGCCCAGAAGACACAGCAGCGUUUCUCUGUGGCACU